GUCAAAUUGACAAAAGUCAAAACUUGCGCGUAGGCAAUGGGAGUGUUUGUGUGACUUGGAAUUGGAAUUUUAUUGGAUUUUCCAACAAGCAGAAAGUAAAAGUGCUAAAAAUACCAUUAGCAUUUAUCCCCUAAAACAAUCGUUUUUACGUCACCAUUAGGAAUAACUGAAAAUCCACCGCAAUGUUUGAUAACUAUCCCAACCACCAAACGAAUGUAGACACUGGGAACACAGCAAAUCAAAAAGUAUUGAGGUUUGACAGAAGCUACCUCAAAUCUUUGCCUGGGAUACUUAAAAUAAUUCAAGUGAUAUGCAACACUCUUGGAUUUAUAUUGAUAAAGGUGUCUACAGCAUUCAUUUCACCUAUAUUUUAUAACAUAUUAUACUGGGUGGCAAACAUGAUUACAUUAUUCUUGUUCCUCAUGUAUCUAUUCCAUUUCGUGGAGAAGUAUGAUCACCUGCCGUGGCACAAGUAUGAGUUCUUCUACUGUGGUAUUGUGGUGUUGACAUACAUUGGAACGUCAAUAUUUGCAGCCACUCUAGCAGAAAGCACUGGAUAUGCUGUUGGGUUCUUUGGUUUUUGUGCUAUCGUCUCAUAUACUUUUGAUGGCUACUUGAAGUACAGAGGGUGGAAGAGAGGCCUGCCUCCUCAGUAAGUCUUGAGCACCUAUGACAAGCAUCCAAAGGAAUUCAAUGAUGAAGGAUGGUUCAUUUUUUUUUGUCAUUGGUAAAUAGUAACGAACUAAUGAUGACUGAUCUUUUGUAGAUUGAAAUGUAUUUAUGGCCAUUUACUGUUAUUAUUUAGGUUAAUAUUUUGUUUUACCUCACCGAUCAUAAGAUGUUGGUUGUAUGUUAAGUUAUAAUACGUUAUAAGUUUUUUUAAGUUACUAUUUAAUUUUUUUACACUUGGAUACUUUGAUGUAACCUAUUACUUAUAAUAGCAAAAUCAUCAUUAUAAUAUCUGUUUUCAAAAUCUGAAAGGAAACUAUGAAAGGAAUCUCAAGUAUGUACCGAGUACUACUUCAUAUUAGUUAUAAGUAUUUUAACGUGCCUGACAUACCAAGUGCCUUAAAAAUAACUUUUCAGAAUUAAGACAAUUCAUUAUAUUUUUCACAGUUAUAAAAUGGUUUAAAACCAGAGUUACUUAGUGUUUUUGAGAGUCUAUAAGAUCAUUAUCUGUCAAUUAUUAUUACUGUUAUUUAGUAUAUUCUAUUGGGUCCACUAAUGAUGCAUUUAUAUUUUUAGAUGCACUUAUACACAUAAUAUGAAAUGCACUUUAAUCAUUAAUAAUGCACAAUGUACUUUUUUUUUGUAUUAUGGUUACUUUUUACAUAAUUUUUGAUAUGAUGCAGCUAUGGCGCAGAGUUAUUCAGGAAAUACAAGAAUCUCUUUUAUCCGUUGAUACCUUCUUAAUGUACUGUUCACACCUGUCGUCUGUUUUUCUGAUCGAAUAGGUUUUCGAAAAUAUUCUAGACCACUACCUACAUGAUUUUGGUGAUUAAACAAAAAUUUACAGGCUAUAAACAAAUGGUCUGUAAUAAGAACGGGUUAUUAGAUGAACCUAUAAUAAUAAUAAACUUUCUAUUUUGUUCAAUUAAGGAUCAAAUUGAAUUAAGGGUUUUUUUUUUCAAUUUCUGAAUAUUAAGAUAUCAACUUAUUAAUGUAUUAUAUUCUAGCUAGAACAUUUAAUGUUAAUCAUGUUAAGAAUUUAAAUAUGUAUAUGCCUCUGCCUCACAAGGUAACAUUUAUUUUGUUAGCAUGUAUUUAUUAAAGGAAGGAAGAUACUUUUACACCCUAACGUUUUUAUACACUUAAAUGUUUUUGUAAAUAGAUUUUUGAAGCUUUUAACAUUCAUGAUAAGUUUUAAUAUUUUGGUAAUUGUUAUAUUUGAUAAGCUUAAUAAUUUUUGUUACCAUGGUUAAUUCAAAUAUGUAACAUCGUGAAUAUCCCAGUAACUAUUAGUGUAAUAGUAAUAUUGGUGAAUAUCGCAGUGCAUUUUGGAAGUGGGGCUGCUCCCUUAACUGUUUAUUUUUUGAGUGUAUGUGUGUCGCAGUCUCCCGUGCCUUCUAAAUAUUCGAAAACACAUUAUUUUCUCUAGAGUCAGUAGCCACUUGUAUUUUACUUAUGAAUAAAACAGUAUGAACACAUUUAAAGCGUAUUUAAUUAUAAAUUAUAACAAUAAGUAAUAAUUACCUAUAACGAUUUUAGGAUUUUUACCCAAGUACAUACAUAAAGAUGCCAAUAUAAAUCCAAAUUGGUUUAGGAUAGUAAUAUACAAAUGUAAAAGUAUUUUAUGUAAAUAUUAUAAUUAAGAAUAACAAUUGCAAAUAUUGAACAGAAUUGAUUAACACAGUGCGAAAUGGUAUUUAAAAU